AUGGCUGUUUCAACACAAAUUAAAGAAGUUGUAAAAUCAACAUUGGGAUCAAAGGCAUCGGAAUUGGAUGACACCAUUGUCGACUACAUUUGUGGUGUGUUUGAAGAUGAAGCAGUCACCAACGAUAUGGACGAGUUGAUUGAGAUUCUGUCGCCAUUCUUGGAGGAUGUCGCCGUCGAUCAAGAGGUCAACUCGUUGUGCAAGUCGCUCGUCGAGAAGAUGGUGGUGGCCGGUGUCGUCAAGGUCGGCAAGAAGUCGACACUCCAGCAACUCACUCAGCCCGUAUCGCUACAGAAGCUGGACGACCGUGUCGACGCCGCCGUCGCCUGGAUGAAGCCAGAGGAGAAUAUAUCGAUUGUCAAUCGUGAGCAGCUCGAAGCGAACGAGCGUCGUUAUAACGCGCGUAAAGAGGCGCGUCUCGCGCGUGAGGAGCGAAAGGUGCUCCGUCAGAACGCUGCACUCGCCGCCAUCCAGCAGAUGAAAGCACAGCAAACAAUGCUCAUGUCGACGGUGCGUGGCACCAACUUGUCGCGUGACAUUCACGUCGAGAACUUCUCGCUCAACUACGGUAAGAUGGAUUUGCUGAUAAACUCUGAUCUCCACUUGAAUUUCGGCAGAAAGUACGGUCUGAUAGGAAGAAACGGUACCGGUAAAACAACGUUGUUGCGUCAUAUUGCAUCGCGUGAGAUUGAGAUCACCAACAGCUUGUCGAUUUUGCACGUCGAGCAGGAAGUACACGGAAGCGACACCACCGUUCUCGACUGUGUGCUCGAGGCGGACGUCGAGCGUGACCGUCUUCUCAAGGAGGAAGCGCGUCUCAAUGCUAUGCCAGAGAACGAGCGUAACAAUCUCUCGUCGAAACUCACCGAUAUCUACGAGAAGCUCAACCAGAUCGACGCGCACACCGCCGAGUCGCGUGCCGCCUCCAUCUUGGCCGGUCUCGGAUUCACCGACGAAAUGCAGGCGCAGCCAACCAAGCAGUUCUCUGGUGGUUGGCGUAUGAGAAUCUCGCUGGCACGUGCACUCUUCAUACAGCCCGACGUGCUGAUGCUCGACGAGCCCACCAAUCAUUUGGACUUGUUUGCCUGUCUCUGGCUGGAGAGUUACCUCAUCAAUUGGACACGUACUCUGGUGAUUGUUUCUCAUCAGCGUGAGUUCUUGAACGCCGUUUGCACCGAUAUCAUUCAUCUCAACAAUCGUAAGCUCGACUACUACAAGGGUAACUACGCCACCUUUGAAUCGACGCGUCACGAUCGUCUCAAGUCACAGCAACGUGCAUUUGACGCGCAACAACAACAGCGUAAACACAUCCAGACAUUCAUCGAUCGUUUCCGUUAUAAUGCCAAGCGUGCCAAGAUGGCGCAAUCGCGUAUCAAACAGCUCGAGCGUAUGGACUUGAUCUCAGAGGUGAUGGACGACCCAACGAUCACCCUGCAAUUCCUCGAGCCUGAACCAAUCACCCCGCCCAUUCUCCAGUUCCAAGACGUCUCUUUCGGUUACAGUCCCGACAAGCUGCUAUUUAAGAAUCUCAACUUGGGUAUCGAUAUGGACAGUCGUGUAGCGUUGGUCGGUGCCAACGGUGUCGGUAAGACCACCCUGCUGCGUCUGCUGUGUGGCGAGCUGAACGAAACCUCAGGUCUCGUUGUCCGCCACGGAAAGCUGAGAUUCGCGCGUUUCUCACAGCAUUUCGUCGACCAGCUCGACUUGUCCAAGUCGCCACUCGACAAUUUCCUCACAACCUAUCCCGGUACCAAUCCACAAACCGCUCGUUCCCAUCUCGGUAAGUUUGGUCUGAGCGGAGAUCUCGCACUGCGUACCGUCAACACACUUUCCGGAGGUCAAAAGUCGCGUGUUGUCCUCUCGCAGAUCGCAUACACCAAGCCACACGUCCUCUUACUGGACGAGCCAUCGAAUCAUUUGGAUAUCGACACUGUCGACGCCCUCUGUCAGGCACUCAACGAAUUCCAAGGUGGAAUUCUCAUGGUCAGUCACGACGAACGUUUAAUCUCUUUGGUUUGUGAUGAAAUCUGGUACUUUGACGGUGAAGACAAUGAAGCAAAGGAAGUAAAGGUUUUCGAUGGUGAUUGGAGUGAUUACAAGAAACAAAUUACCAGUAAAAAGAUAGGAAAACAAGAUAAAAGAUUAAUUGAUGGAUUUGGAGGUUGA